GGAGUGUCAGCCCGGAUCUCGCCGUGCCGUCACCGGGAGGGGGCGGUAGUGAGCUCCAGUAGAGGGGGAGAAGGUCGCCAGAGGAGCCGGGCAUGUUCAAACAUAUCCAGGCGGACCAGCCUGCCAGGCUCCACGGUUCCCUGUCAUUGGCUCGGAUUGGAUUAUUCACACAGACUACAUGAGAGCAGGCUGCUGCUGCCAUUUCCACAGCCACAUCCAUGUUGUUCUUUCUCCCUGAGGGACACACAUCACUGAUCAUAUGAGGGAUGUAUGUUUAACUGAUUCAUCCUGACGCGCACCACUGCUGACCCUCUGAGACUUGGCUCCCCGGCGUGGCCAUGUCUCUCCCGGCCAAAGUGAUGAGGGACGGGCAGCUGGAGAAGCGCAGCAGCGGGCUCCUCCAGCUGUGGAAGAAGAAGCGCUGCGUGCUCACCGAGGACGGACUGCGCCUGCACAGCUGCAAGGGCGGCAGCGACGACGCUCCGGACUCGAAAGCCAAGGAGCUCCGCUUCGAGCGCAUGGUCACGGUGGACUGCGUGGAGUACAAGCGCGGGCUGGUGUACUUCACCGUGGUCAUGGCCACAGGGAAGGAGAUCGACUUUCGGUGUCCGCAGGACGGCACGGCGUGGAACGCGGAGAUCGCGCUGGCACUGGUGCGCCACAAGAACCUGGAGGCGGUGCAGACCGGCAGGAACCGACACCUGUCCACGGCUCACCUGGGCAGCACCGGGGAGGACGAGGAGCUGUGAGCCUUUCUGUUCUCCUGGGUGUGGACCAGUCCGAGCGGAGAAGGGUGGAAGAUGCCAGAUCCAUCGGUGUGAUUCUGUGGUGCAAGGCAUGAUGGGACAUACAUAGUGACCAUCAGUGAAUAUGGAUUUAUGGAACAAGAGUUGCAGAUACUCUUCUUGUAUUCCAAAGAGCUUACUCACACUCAAACCAAGCAUAGGAAUCCGAAAUACUGUCAGCAUGGAUGUGUUUUUUUCUGUUGCGACCCAGUUGCUUGAGGUCAAUGUGGCGAUCGCCGCAUUAGGAAAGGAAAAAGACGGCGGUAUCUGGACAGAAACCGAGGAGCCGGGACACUGUGUACACCUGUGCCUUGACGUCUCAAACAUGUGUUCUAUCUUUUGGCCAUAUUCCCGCAGUAAUUUCUGCCGAAGCAGGAGCCACUUUGUUUCUUCAGUCUUACUUUCAAUGGAAACACUUUGGCUUUGAAAGGUUUUGAUAGAGACUAAACAGAUUCUACAUGUUUUUCUAAAGUUGAACAUGAAGAUUCUAGCUCAUAUUUGUUGCACAUUGUAUUCUAUAUAUUUGCAAAAACCAUGCACAGUAUUACAUGUAAAAAAAACAAGAAGAUAAAUAAAUCUUUGCAGUUA